AUGAUGCCCCUCGGCGGACUUCUGCAGAGUAACCCCUCUCGCCUCCCUGCUCCCUUGUCGCUGGCCUUUGCUGAAGUGUCAUCCUUCAUUCGCCCAGGAGACGUGGUUUUAUAUUCCGACGGCGAAAAACAGCUCGGGCCGUCCGUUCAUGACGACAUUCGGUGCUUGAAUCUGCAUUUGAUCACACUUUCAUCUCGCGAUCGGCCAUCAUCUGACUCCCGCCUCGCUAUCAUAAUUCGCGCAAUGUCACUCUACAUCCAGUGUUCGUUUGUUGCCUACGCGCUCCCCCCCCACUUCGCCAGGGCCUGGCGUUACAUUUCGACCAGGGAAGCCGGUCAAAACAAGCAUCCCCGUGGCUGCUCGGCGGCCCUCGGCGCGGUCGUCCCUACCGAGUAA